AUGUGGGCGAAAUCCCAGCUUGGAUUAUGGCUUCAAGGGGGCAGAAAUCGCGAUGGCGUCUUACUGCUCAGAGCUGCAGUUCCUUGCAACCCUGUCACCAAUCAUGUCCAGAGCCUGGAGCAGCAUAACCAGGAUGUGAACUCUCUGGGGUUCAUCUCGUCGAGGAAGACAGCUGAGGUGCUUGACAUUCUGAAGCUCAUUCAGGUUGCCAAGAAGGUCUUGACAGUGGGGAACAAUGGUGAGCUCCACCCUUCUAGGUUCUCAAAAAAGGAUCUCAUAGUCGUGGACAAAGUGUAUGUGUUCGCAUAUGCUGAUGACCCGUGCAGCGAAGGGGUAUUGUUGUUUUUAUUAGCUGUUAUUGCGUUGUGGCUAGGGCUAGCAGGGUUGAGCUCAGCCCAAAGCUGUGGGUGUGGUGUGGAUAGUUGUUGCAGCCAGUGGGGGUUUUGCGGCACUGGGGAUGCCUACUGCGGUGCCGGGUGCCAGCAAGGGCCAUGCUAUGGCUGGCCGGUUUCCAGCAUCGUCUCGGAUUCCUUUUUCAAUGGAAUUGCCAGUCAGUCGGCUCCAAGCUGCGAAGGGAAGGGGUUCUACACAAGAACCUCGUUUCUUCAGGCCACCAACUCAUACCCCGAGUUUGGGACAGUUGGAACCGCCAUCGUUGCUAGGCAGGAAAUCGCCGCAUUUUUUGCCCACUUUACUCAUGAAACUGGAUAUAUGUGCUACAUAAACGAGAUCAACGGUACGUCCAGAAACUACUGUGACGCGACCACGACACAGUGGCCCUGUACUCCAGGAAAGAACUACUAUGGUCGGGGACCACUCCAACUGUCCUGGAAUUUCAACUACGGACCGGCUGGCUUAAGUAUCGGCUUCGACGGUCUGAACAACCCAGACAUCGUUGCCACAGAUUCAGUUACUUCCUUCAAGGCCGCCCUGUGGUUUUGGAUGAAUAACUGUCAUUCUCUCAUCACCUCCGGUCAAGGUUUUGGCGCCACCAUUCGAGCAAUCAACGGGCUACUUGAAUGCAAUGGGGCUAAUCCUGCGGCUGUUAACGCUAGGGUUCAGUAUUACCAAUCAUACUGCCAGCAAUUUGGUGUUGAUCCCGGUAAUAACCUCACCUGCUAA